AUGGGAUUGAUCAUUGAAGUGGAUGAUGAGGGGAGGGAUGAUGAGAUGAGGGAUGAUGAGAUGAGGGAUGAUGAGGGGAGGGAUGAUGAGGGGAGGGAUGAUGAGAUGAGGGAUGAUGAGGGGAGGGAUGAUGAGGGGAGGGAUGAUGAGGGGAGGGAUGAUGAGGGGAGGGAUGAUGAGGGGAGAGAUGAUGAGGGGAGGGAUGAUGAGGGGAGGGAUGAUGAGGGGAGGGAUGAUGAGGGGAGGGAUGAUGAGGGGAGGAUGAUGAGGGGAGGGAUGAUGAGGGGAGGGAUGAUGAGGGGAGGGAUGAUGAGGGGAGGGAUGUUGAGGGGAGGGAUGAUGAGAUGA